CUUUCAGAGCUCCCCCUUCCGAGUACAGGUACUGGUUGCCUUGUGCUCUUUUGAUCAGUCCAUCCACAUUCUUCGUUACGACCUCACGACUUUACUCUUAACCCCAUCCUAAUCACUUUACUGUCACAUCUCUCAUCCACGUCCUAUUCAACAUCAACAUGCGUUCUUACAGCACCGUCCUUCUCCUUGCCGCUGCGGCAUCUGUCACACCCGCCUUCGCUGCCCCCAUCUCAUACACGUCCGACCUUGAUGUCCGUGGCGACCUCGACGACAACCAGUUCAUUGCCCGUGCUCUCGGCGUGAACGAGGAGCUCGUUGCUCGUAGCAAGAUCGGCAAUAGGAUCAAACAUGCCUUCCAGAAGAUUGGCCACGUUCUCGGUAAAGUCGUGAAGGGCGUCGCGCACCUCAUCCUCAAGCGUGAGGACAUGGAUGUCCUUGCGCGUGAGCUCGGAAUCGACGAGGAACUCUUCGCCCGUAGCUUUGACGAAUACGAGUUCGCUCGGCGCGGCUUCCCUGAAGAGCUCUUCACCCGUAUGCUGAUGGAGGAGCUCGACACACGUGGAGUCGAGGAGCCACAGCAAGUCUCGCAACCUGACGCCGCUCACCUCGCCGAGCAGCCCCAUGCACACGAGAUGAACGGUGCUGCCGGGGCUCACCGUGACGGCAAGGCGCACACCGGAGGUCGUCACAAUGGCAGGAAGCACGCAGGAGCUUAUCGCAAUGGCAAGAAACGCACUGGAGCUCAUCGCAAGGGCGAACACCGUGGGGCUCACUCGAAGGGCGAGCAUGCUCAGCACCGUCAGCAGGGCACUCAGCACCGACAGCAGACUGCAUCACACUUCCGAGCACCCUGGCGCGCAGGAGCACCCCGGCACGCAAGAGCGCCAUUCGACGCCCGAGACGCGUGAGGACGUGCUCGAACUGCUUGCGCGCGCGUUGAGCGGCGAGUUCGACGAGCUCGACUGAGGGGCGGAUCGGUGAGACUUGAGUGGGAGUGAUUUCAGGGUAACUUACGGGCAGGAUGGUCGUUGUAACUUAUCGUAAUAACUGGAAUGUGAAUGGUUGAUCAAUACUGCGAGUUCUGUCUCUUGUGUGCAGUCA